AAAUAAUUAGUGCAUAACGUCUGUAGUAAUUUUAGUAGCAAAUAUCAAGAUGACCUUGAAGAAUUAAAAUAAUUGUACACAUUAAUCUGCAAUCGGCCAUUGGAAUAAACAAUACACAGGAAUUUAGUGCAAAAUCAAUGGUCAAUUACGACAUUUGUACGUAAUGCCCAUUGCGUUGACUUGCAAAAAAAUUGCUGCGUAAUGCGCUAAGUCUAUGUAGCAAGAAAUUCUUGAGAGUCAAGUACAAGUCCAGUGCACCAAAUAUAGAACGCAAUAAUUAAUUUACAUUAAGUGGUGUGUUUACUUGGAGGUGGAAAUUAUAUCAACUAUAAAAGAUUCAGAUACUGCCCAAUAAUCAUUCACCAAUUAAAACGUGAAACAUUACGAAUCAAAACCUAAACAUGUACUUUAAGAUUUGUGCUCUUGCUGCCCUUGUUGGUUGUGCCCUAGCUGCACCCUAUGCAACUUCGUAUGCUUCUAUAAGCCAACACCUUGAUCAUCAUGGCGACUACCAUCACGAUGACCAUCAUGAUUACUUACCGCACUAUGGCUCUGCCUACACGGGUUAUGGUUACGGAUACGGAAAUGGAUAUGGUUCGGGUUUAGGAGACGAUUACAAUGAAUACUAUGGUGGACACCACGAGGGAUACUAUAAUCAUCACGAUGACCAUUAUGAUGGCUAUCAUCAUCCGCAAUAUGCCUACAAAUACGGUGUUGUGGAUCCCCAUACUCACGACAUUAAAUCUCAAGAGGAACAUCGUGAUGGAGAUGUUGUUAAAGGGCAUUAUAAGCUUGUUCAACCCGAUGGUCGUACUCGUAUUGUUCACUACACCGCUGAUAAGCACAAUGGAUUCAAUGCCGAUGUUCAAUAUUUAGGCCAUGCUGCGCAUCCAUCGUACUACAAAUAUUAUUAACAUGUGAUUAUAUAAGAGGCUUUAACGAUAUGGUAUA